AUGGCUGCCGAUCGCGCCGCCGCCUCCGGCAUUGAUGCCGGAGAAGGCCUUCGCAAGCGCGCUGCCGGACCCUUGCAGCCCGCCCUUGCUGUGCCGCAGCCCGUCGAUGACAAGAAGCUCGUCAAGAAGGCCCCUACCGCCCUGGACAUCUUCAACCAGUGGGAGCCCAUCUUUGCCCCGCUGAUUUUCACGGCCCUGGCCUUCUUCACCCGUCUCUGGAAGAUUGGCAUCAGCGAUAUUGUUACUUGGGAUGAAGCUCACUUUGGCAAAUUCGGCUCCUACUACAUCAAGCACGAGUACUACUUCGAUGUCCACCCCCCGCUCGGCAAGAUGCUUGUUGGCCUCUCCGGCGUCAUGGCAGGUUACAACGGCUCCUUCGAAUUCAAGUCUGGCGACAAGUACCCUGAGGAGGUCAACUACACCUUCAUGCGUGCCUUCAAUGCCUUCUUCGGCAUUGUCUGCAUCCCUAUGGCCUACUACACUGCCAAAGAGCUCAACCUUCGCCGCCCUGCCGUCUGGUUCGUCACUCUCAUGGUCCUCUGCGAGAACUCGUACACCACCAUUAGCCGAUUCAUCCUUCUCGAUUCCAUGCUGCUCUGCGGAACUGUUGCCACCGUCUUUUGCUGGGCCAAGUUCCACAACCAACGCCACAACAGCUUUGAACCGGAGUGGUUCCUCUGGCUCUUCCUGACUGGUGUCAGCAUUGGCUGUGUGUGCAGUGUUAAGCUGGUCGGUCUUUUCGUCACUGCUCUCGUUGGCAUCUACACUGCCGAAGAUCUCUGGAACAAGUUCGGCAACACCAAGAUGCCUGUUACCACUCUCGGCGCCCACGUCGUCACCCGUGUUGUUGGCCUCAUCAUUGUGCCCUUCCUCAUCUACAUGCUGUCCUUUGCCCUGCACUUUGCUAUCCUCAGCAAGAGUGGACCUGGCGAUGCCCAGAUGAGCUCCCUCUUCCAGGCAAACCUCCAGGGCACCGAUGUCGGCAAGGAUAGCCCUCUCGAAAUCGCCAUUGGUUCUCGCGCCACUCUCAAGAACAUGGGCUACGGUGGCGGUCUUCUCCACUCCCACGUCCAGACCUACCCCGAGGGUUCCCAGCAGCAGCAGGUCACUUGCUACCACCACAAGGACUCGAACAACGAUUGGUUUAUCUACCCCAACCGCAGCGAGCCCGACUACGACGCCAACUCCACCGACAUCCGCUACAUCUCUGAUGGCUCCGUGAUUCGUCUUAUCCACGCUUCUACCGGCCGCAACUUGCACUCGCAUGAGAUUUCCGCCCCCAUGACCAAAUCUGACCGCGAAGUUUCCUCGUACGGCAACCUGACUGUUGGCGACGACAAGGACCACUGGCAGGUCGAGGUCGUCCGCGAUGCUGCCUCUCGCGACCGCAGCCGGAUCCGUACCCUGGCUACCUCGUUUCGUCUUAAGCACCCCGUCCUCGGCUGCUACCUCCGCGCUGGCAACACCAACCUUCCUCAGUGGGGUUUCAAGCAGAUCGAAGUGACAUGCACCCAAAAGAACAACCCGAGAGACGCGUACACCCACUGGAACGUCGAAUCUCACUGGAACGAUAAGCUCCCUGCCGGCGACCCUGGCUCGUACAAGUCUCCCUUCUUCCAUGACUUUAUCCACCUGAACGUCGCUAUGAUGACGUCCAACAAUGCCCUUGUUCCCGAUCCCGACAAGCAGGAUGACCUCGCUUCUCAGUGGUGGCAGUGGCCCAUUCUGCACGUCGGUCUCCGCAUGUGCGGCUGGGACGAUAACAUUGUCAAGUACUUCCUCCUUGGCAACCCUUUUGUUUACUGGGCGUCGACGGUGUCGCUUGGCUUUGUUGGCCUUGUUGUCGUUUGGUAUGUCUUGCGCUGGCAGCGUGGCUUCAAGGACCUGAACAGCGAGGAGAUUGAUCAGAUCCACUACGCCGGCAUCUACCCCGUGCUUGGCUGGUUCCUCCACUACCUGCCUUUCGUCAUCAUGGCCCGUGUCACGUACGUUCACCACUACUACCCGGCUCUGUAUUUUGCCAUUCUCGCCCUCGGUUUCUUCGUCGACUGGUUGGUACGAAACCGCAGCCAGGCUGUGCAGGGGGGCGUCUACGGUGUGUUGUACUCGGUCAUUGUCGGUCUCUACAUUACCUUUAUCCCAAUUUGCUGGGGCAUGACUGGCAACAACCAGCAGUACUCGUACAUGAAGUGGUUCGAGACGUGGCGCAUGAGCGACUAA